AUGUGCCUUGAAGUUGGUUUGCAGUCUACUGGCAUUGAGGUCAGGUUUGAAACUGUUGGGAAUUGGCGUAUCAUUGGUGAGCACAUGUGGGUUGGAAGCAAUGUGGUGAACAUGCCUAGAACCGAAGAUGGCAGUCCCAAUGUUGAAGCAUUCCCUUACCACUGGAGUGACAAGAAGGGCCAAUCUGUAGUCAGCCAAUUGCUCACUACAAGAUGCACUGGUGACGUGGACAGCACUUACUCAGAGGAGGGCAUGGUUCAGCUGGAGCUUCUGCAGGUUGACGCAGAAGGAGUAGCUGUUUCUGAUUCACCAACAACUGUCUUUGUUCAAGAGUACUCAUCAGCGGCUGGUGCACUGGGCCCUUUUGGGUGGUUUGACUUUCAGGUGAACUGCAAUUGCACUGAUAAUGUGCCAACCCAGGCUCCCUCGGUAACUGGUGGUCCAAGCACAACUCACUCUCCAACAGGCUCCCCAACUACAUCCCUAUCAGGACGUCCGACAGGCUCCCCAACUACAUCCGCACCAGGCUACCCAUCAGGACAUUCAACAGGCUACCCCACUUCGCCCCCAACGGCAAAUCCAACCGGACACCCAACAAGCUACCCAACAGGCUACCCUACUUUGUCCCCAACGGGACACCCAACAAGCUACCCUACCCAGUUGCCAACGGCAUAUCCAACCGGACACACAACGAGCUACCCGACGGGCUACCCUACUUCGUUGCCAACGGCAUAUCCAACCGGACACCCAACAGGCAACCCUACUUUAUCCCCAACAGCAAAUCCAACUGGAUACCCAACGGGCUACCCAACGGGCUACCCAACAGGCUACCCUACUUCGUCGCCAACAGCAUAUCCAACGGGACACCCAACAGGCUACCCCACUUCGUCCCCAACAUCAUAUCCAACCGGACAUCCAACGAGCUACCCAACAGGCUACCCUGCUUCGUCCCCAACGGCAUAUCCAUCCGGACAUCCAACGAGCUACCCAACAGGCUACCCUGCUUCGUCCCCAACAGCGUAUCCAACCGGACAUCCAACGGGCUACCCAACAGGGCAUCCAACGUUCCCAACAAGCCACCCAAGUUCAUCCCAUACAGGAUUUCCAACAGGGAACCCAACUGUUUCUCCUACACUUGGUGAAACAAAGUACCCCAAAUUGCAUCCCACAGAAAGUCCAACAUCUAGGCCAACAGCUUACCCGACAAUCCAUCCCACAGUAGUGCCAGCUCUAGAUGUGCCUUCCUCAACUCCCUCUUGGGCACCAUCACUUCAUGAUGUUAUCCCAACUGUCCCAACUUGGAUUUCAACAAGUCAUCCUUCCAUCAAAGUAAACAUUUCUGCAACACAAUCCCCUUCGGCUCUUCCGGCGAGCUGUUGUCUUAACACAAGAAACAAGGUUGGCCGAUAUUGUCUUCCCUUGAUCUCAUCACUGGAAGCCGUGGUGGGGAAGGUCUGUAUGGAACUGGAUUCCAACCGGCCUACAGUUAAGUUUUCGUUUACAGCAACUGGGAUGUGGGCUCUUCUCAAGGUUGAUUUUUGGGCCGGGCAUGAUGUGGCAACUGCACCGGCGUCUGUUGUUAAUGGUUCCCGUUAUCCUUACUAUUGGUGUAGCUCAGAUGGCGCUUCCAGUUGGGACGUUGAGGUAGAGUUGGAUGCCGAACGCCUCAUGGGUGAACAUACUUCCAUACUUGGCAUUGCAGAAGUGUUGGUCGUGAGAACUUUCGCAAAUGGGACUGUGAUUCCCCAAACUGAAGAAAAAGUGAAAGCCAAAGGAUCAGUUCUGCAGACCGGCUAUGACGAACGCGUUUUGUUACAUAACUCCAUUCGAUGUGACUGUUCAACGAUUGAGAAAAGUUCGCCACCAGUGCAUCCUGACGUGUGCAUCCAGGUCCCCGAUCUAUCGGGCAAGAAGUGCUUCCGUUUGGCCAACAAAAAUGGAGUGUCAGUUGGACGGACAUGUGGCAACGUCAACAUCAUUUUGAAUACCUUCGAGCUUAUAUUUUACGCGGACCCACCAUGGAGCCUCCUUGACGUGAAAGUCUGGGUAGGAUAUGAUCCUUUCAAUGCUCCUGAGCUCCAGAACAACCAUAGUUUUCCAUUCUUUUGGUGCAACUCGACCGGUGAGGGCCGAUGGAAAGUCUUGGUAGAUCUCCCUGACAAGGGAGGGUGCUCCAACAGCAAGUCCUUAACAAUCUUUGCAAAAGCAAGCUCAAAGGUCGGGCGUACCUUUGCAAACGGCUCGAUCAUUCAAGGUACAGAAGAAUUUGCUAGCGUUGUCGCCUGGAAUCACGAAUCUGGAUCACAAUCGACCGAUACCAGCGGUACUGGCGUGCACGCAGAAAGACAACAGGAAGGAAUCUUUGACUUCACGAUAACCGGUGCGUGCAAAGGCUUACCCAAUGGGUCCCUGGUCAACGAGACCGGCAAGUCUCUCGAGCCUCUCAUCACGAUUGAAACCGAGGAGAAACAAUGUCACCCCUUGCUCACGGACCACAUGGUAGCAGUCGGCACUGUUUGUCUUGAAAUCAUUGGCGAUCCACCGUUUCUUGAAGUAUCAUUUCGCGCAGAAGGGGUCUUUCGUUUACUUGACACGAAAUUGUGGGUUGGAUCAAACAAUGACAGUGCCCCGAUCGCCCCUAGUGACAUGUCAAGGAGUAAACACCAUCUAUUCCCUUAUUACUGGUGCGAAUCGUCAGGGUCGAAUCAUUGGAAAGCACACAUCAAGCUCAACGAAACCAAGGAGUGCCAGGCCAGAAACCCAUUCACGGUGUCAUACGUUGCUCAUUCAAAGGUGGCCCGAACAUUUUCAAAUGGAAGUGUGAUAGCGGGAACGGAGGAACAUGUCAGUGUUUAUGAGGGUGGCAACGCCUCCGCCUUGGAAGUCAGAAGUCGAAGCCCCCUGUCGAGUAUUUCAGUGCUAUGCAAGAAUGAAGUACGGGAUUUACCUCCCAGUCUGAACCCACCCCAGCAGCUGCCGAUAUGCUUGGAUACAAAUGAUCCCUCCGGAAAGAUUUGUUAUGCCUUGGAAUCGGCGAGGGGGUAUCGUCCUGGGUUUGUUUGUGUUUCUGUGAAGCCGGGAAGCCCAUCAGUUCUGCGAGCGAGAUUCACUUCCAAAUAUAAAUUGGCACUUACCAAGACCGCGUUCUGGGCUGGUCUCACCUUCGAUUCCAUCCCUAUGUUGCCGGGUAACAGCAGUGGAGUCCCAGAUCUGGCCCACUUUCCUCGAUUUUGGUCGAACUCGUCAGGGCAGCCUUCUUGGGAAACUGAGUUGGAUGUCAACAUGAACUCCAUUUGCGAUAGAGGCGAUCGUUUCAAAUUGUACGUCGUUGCUCAUUCGGUUUUAGAGAGACGAUCCAACAAAGGCGUGCCAAUGCCCCACACACGGGAGAUUUUGUAUGCAAGGGGUUCCCGUGGUCAGCGUACCUUUGGAUGGUUUGAGCUUCCAGUGAGGUGUGACUGCCCGAAGAAAGAAGAGGUUGUCGUCAAGGAAGAAGCGCCGCUAGCAGCCAAACCGAAACACGACGUUUGUUUCACUGCGCCGCACGGGACCCUUGAGCGAUGUUUCCUCAUGGUAGUUGCAGGGAGAGCUCCUGGUGGUACGGCUUGUCUCGACAUUGUUGACACGCCCGAAGAUGGGGGUUCUGUAUUGCAGGUAACCUACAAAUCCACCGCCGAUAUAUGGGGCAUCCUCAAGACAAUUAUUUGGACAGGUUUGAACCCACAGGACGCCCCGACUGUGCAUCCCCUCAACGCAACACUCGAAGAUGAUUUUACAAUCUUCCGAUACAAUUCCUCCGGAGAUCGAACACACACCUACCACCCCAUGCCGCUGAAUGUCACUGAGAAUUGUGGCAAUGGUCAGGAGAGCUUUGAUGUGUUUGUUCUGGCCCAGGCCGUGGUGACUCUCGUCGACCGGCAGACGUUAAGGGUCAUCAAACCAGUGAAGAAGCACCCUGCGAUUGUGUACAAUCCGGACUGGUCGCCGUCGGAUACCCAGAUCCAGAAGGGCUUUGCCUUGACAAUCCAAUGCAACUGCACCUAUGGCAGGGCGCGUCGAAUACGGGAACUUGAAAUCUACCCUGACCAAAGGAAACAAUUCCCGUUUUAG